UUAAAAUUGAUCAUAAGUGAUGGUUUUAAUAUCAGCUACUAUGAGAUAUCUCUUCCUAACAAUAUCUCCCAUGUUCUUCUUCCUUCUUACGAUCCUUGCAUCCACCGAGCCACGUCCAACUCCCAUACUAAGACAUGACAACCAAAGCAGCGACCUCUUCUCCGCCAUUUCCGACAUGAGAAGAGAAUCGUACUACGGUUUUGUCACACUUCUCCAUAUCCUCAACGAUACAGAUUUCGUCAGGAGCCAAGAGAUCACUUUCUUGAUGCCUAACGACGAGGAUAUAUCUCAAGCGGACAUGAGUCAAGAGAGUCUUGAGACGUUCAUCUUAAGACACACGAUCCCAGCAUGGCUUAUGAUCAACCACAUGCUUCGCUUCCCUAACAAGACUCUUGUCCCUUGUAGCAUCCCUGAUAGAAUGUUCACCAUUACAAAGUCAGGCGGGUCGGGACUUUUUGUGAAUAAUGCGAGGAUUGUUUCUCCUAAUAUUUGUCAGAACUCUCGCAUAUCGUGCCAUGGAAUCAGCAAUGUUAUUAUGUUCAAUGAAGACUCGUUUCCAAAGGGAAGGUUAUCACCCAAAAUGUUAUCAUCAAGAAUCAAUUCGUCGAGGCACUGAAACUUCUUUCUCUUGAUCAACUUCGGAGGGUGUGAAGAUGUUCUAAUAUGCUUUUUAAGAAAAUAAUAAGAGUUGUAGAUUUGUCAAAAAAAUCAUGUAACAGAGCUGCAGUGUGACCAAUAAACUCUAGACUGUGUUUUCCUUCA